UGAAAAGUCUGGCUUUAAAUGCAUCGGAGGGAACGCAGCUCAGCCAUCUUCAGCAAUUGCUUCGAGGAUGAGCAGAUCGCGCGCAGACACUCGUGGGCAACUGUGAAGUAGUCGGAACCGAUCGGGACAAACGAAUUUUGGUUUUCGUAGAACAUUGAUCUGCACUCUGUCAUAGACAGCUGAGACAGGAUAUAGAAUGGCACUUCUGAAGCAAAUGCGGCAUCUUUACCUCAGGAGACCCCCAGGCAAGGCGGAGAACAGACACUCUCUGCUCUGCGCUCUCGGUUUCCACCAACACUCUGCAAGCCAGUCUCCACCAACAGUUGAGGAAAAUGUGCUGCCCGGAAACUGUAUUCCUUCGACAGCAGCAGUCGGACAAGACACUCCAGUAAAGACACUGAAAGAUAUGCCAGGACCAAGCACUGUCAGUAAUAUUAUUGAGUUCUUUUAUAGAGACGGUUUCAGUCGAAUCCACGAAAUACAGCUGCAGCACAGUCAGAAGUACGGAAGAAUCUUCAAGUCGCGGUUCGGUCCGCAGCUGGUCGUGUCCAUCGCCGACAGGGAUAUGAUAGCUGAGGUUCUAAGGGCGGAGGGCGUGGCCCCUCAGCGUGCCAACAUGGAGUCAUGGCAGGAGUACCGUGACAAAAGGGGGCGUGCCACGGGCCUCAUUUCCGCGGAAGGCGAGGAUUGGCUGAAGAUGCGGAGCGUGCUGAGGCAGCUGAUCAUGCGGCCGCGCGACGUCGCCGUCUUCUCCGACGACAUCAACGGCGUGGUGGCCGACCUGCUGGCCCGGGUCCGAGCGCUGCGCGGCCAGCAGCCCGACGGCCUCACCGUGCUCAACGUCAACGACCUCUUCUUCAACUACGCCAUGGAGGGCAUAUCCGUGAUCCUGUACGAGCGGCGGCUGGGCUGCCUGGAGGAGCAGAUCCCCCGGCUCAGUCAGGAGUACAUCGCUGCCGUGCACCUCAUGUUCAGCUCCUUCAAGACCUCCAUGUACGCCGGGGCCAUUCCCAAAUGGCUGCGCCCGCUCAUCCCCAAACCCUGGAGAGAUUUCUGCCACUCCUGGGACGGCCUCUUCAAAUUCAGUCAGGUCCAUGUGGACAGGAAGUUGUCAGAGAUUCAGGCUCAGCUGGCUGCUGGGCAGGAAGUGAAGGGUGGGCUGCUGACCUACCUUUUGGCAACCAAGGAUUUGACUUUGGAGGAGAUCUAUGCCAACAUGACAGAGAUGCUCCUGGCUGGAGUGGAUACGACUUCAUUCACUUUGGCCUGGAGCACCUACCUGCUGGCCCUCCACCCGCAGGUGCAGCAGCAGAUCUACGAGGAGGUGGUGCGCACGCUGGGGCCCGACAAAGUCCCCGUCUCCGAGGACAUCCCCAGCCUGCCCCUCAUCCGAGGCCUGGUGAAGGAGACGCUCAGGCUGUUCCCGGUGCUGCCGGGAAACGGCCGCAUCACGCAGACGGACCUCGUGGUCGGGGGCUACCUCAUCCCUGCAGGGACUCAGCUGGCUCUGUGCCACUACAGCACGUCCAUGGACGAGGACACCUUUCCCGGCGCCACGCAGUUCCAGCCGCAGCGCUGGGUCCGGAGGGACCCCACCGACCACGUGGACAACUUCGGCUCCAUCCCCUUCGGCCACGGCAUCCGCAGCUGCGUCGGCCGCCGCAUCGCCGAGCUGGAGAUGCACCUGGCCCUCACGCAGCUGAUCCAGAAGUUCCGUAUCCAGGUGUCGCCGCUGACCCAAGAGGUCCACGCCAAAACCCACGGGCUGCUCACCCCCGGCGGCCCCAUCAACGUCCAGUUUGUGGACCGGCAGUAGGGCCUGCCCUGCUCAACCGCCACGUAAAGCGCUAGGCCAUCUACCCCUGAUACACCUCGCUAUGGGACAGGGGUAUCACUUUUACCCCUCGCUGUGGGACAGGGGCAACAGUUUUACCCCUAAAUGUGGGACAGGGGCAUCAGUUUUACCCCUCACUGUGGGACAGGAGUAUCAGGGUUAGCUAUGUAGGCUGCACUGCAUUGUCCUCCUCAGCCAAUCUCACCCACAGACUGCCUAGCCCCAAAUGAGUGUGCCGAUGACGAUGAUGACGAUGAUGACCCUGAACCAAUUCCAGUGAGGGUCACACUUCAGCCUCCUCGUUCUUCCUUCUCUUCCUUUCGUCUUCACAAAAUAAUCUUAGUUAGAACAAGAGAAACUCUUAGACAUUGUAUAGUGAAGAUGCUCAGGCGCUGGUUGGCAUUGUAGUUGAUGACGAAAGACAAUUCAGAGGAUGUCUGUCAGUUUAACGGGAAAAAGAUCUCCCUCCUCUGGCACCGUCCCACAAAGAGGAGCUUUUGGUUCGGUCAAGAUGACAUUCUGUCUGAUAAAUUUAACAGUAACUGAGUUUUGUAGAUACUGUAUGCUUAUAACAAUGACAUUUUGAUAUGUUAAUUAUUAGGAUCACUAUGACAUGUCCUUAAGAGGAUGUACUUAAUUAGUAAUCGACUACACCAUCAAUUCCAAAGAUAUUAGGAUAUGUAGUCUCCCAUAUUAUUUUUACAAGAUUUAAAUAUAGACAUAUGUAUUCAGUUUGUGUUUCCUAAAUUUCAUAUUACAUUUUAUGCAUUGAUCUUCAGAGUACCAAAUAAAUCAAGCUCUUAUUAGUUCAUGUAGUCUUUACAAACACAUAGACACACAAAGAACUCACAGAUAAACGUGUUUUGUUUAAUUUAGUUAAAUUUCUAAUGUAAUAAUUUCUGUUUUGAUCUUUGGUAGAUGUAGAUCCAUUAUAAUUGGCAUGUUAGACACUGGAUUUAUUUAACAAGUCAUUACAGCUGCUCGAAUGUGGGAUAGACCAACUAAUGAAAGACAUUAGGAAAAAUGAACCUGUUAAAGCUCUUAAGAAUAGAACUAUUUAAUGGUGGAGAGUAGGCCUAGGUCUAAAAGUGUGUGCAUGUAAUUGGGAAGGAAAUUAAAACAAAUGUGGCAAAAGCUUUAGCAUGUUGGCUGAAGGAAACUGUUACUCUAAUUUAAUUCACUGUGUCUAAUUUAAUCCAUGUCAUUAAAAAUGAUGACCCCCAGGACUAACCAUGUAUGUUUCACUGAACAGAAGAGUCUGAAUGUUCACAUGUUUAUUUGAAAUUAAAGUGCUUUGUAGGAACUGUGA